AUCCCAAACAUGUCCAGUGAUACCAGGAACAUAAAUAGAAGAACAGUGGGUAACCGGGUGAUUUUGGCAAUUGAUGUCAUAUCUACAGCUAUAGGAUUAUACGGGUUAUACGAGAUCCUGUUAAUCGAGUUACCAGCCCCUCUUCGUGGUGCUGGCAAGUGGCAGUUCCUAACUAAUCUUUCUCUAUUAUUUUCAAUCUUGACCUUUUCUGUGGGAAUUAUCAGCCAUUUGACCCGGUCUGAAGCCAUAUUCCAGUUGAAGAACUUUUUACAUGUCAUUCUGUUUGUAGCUGAAGCUGUUGUUACUUCGGUAUACUGGCCUUUGCGGUUAUUUUUCCUUCACUACUUAGUAAACGAUGGGAACAUCAGAAUCAAAUUGACGGUUGAUUUAGCAAUUCAUUUUAUGCCAUUUGUGUCUUUGGCCAUUGACUUCUUCUUUUUCAUGCCCAACUUCACUAUUAAGACCAGAUCCGCUUUCUUGCUUUUUAUUUCGUUGACUUCGGCGUACUGGUUUUGGUUGAAUAGUAUCAUUGAUCUAGAGAGGGGCGGGAUCUUCCCAUAUGCGUUUUUAAAUAUUGGUAACAAUCUUACUAGACUAAUAAUUUUCUGGGUCAUUGGGUUUUCUGCCUUUUUACAAUUCCUUCUCAUGAGGUUUCUAUAUAAUAGCUUUGUUGGUGUUAGUGCCAUCAAACAGAAAAUCCAAUAAGUACCAAAUAAAACCUACAAGAAUAUCUAAGGUAUGAAUCAUUUCGAAUACAUGUAUCUAUAAUCUCUUCACCGUGUACUCAUGGGCACAAGCUAAAGUGAUAAACCCUAGGAGCCAUGAAAGUCUUCCUGAGAAUGGCAAUUGACUAAGAAAUGGGUAUGGAAACACUGGCUCCAGGGCAUAUAUCAAUUCAAUAUACGCCCAGUAGGUGCACAAAUAGACAAUGACUCCCGAGUAUAUAUACUUCAGCUUCAACAUGGGUGGACAUCGAAUAUAACUGAAAGUUAAAAGAAGGUAUGGAAAUAGGUGGAUUUCAAAGUCAAGCACUAGACUUACAUCAAAUUUACCAGUGUUCAACAAGUGCAGAAACCCAAAGAAAAGCGUCCAGUACGUAACUGUUACCACAAACUCUACACUGUAGCAGAUUCUCUGAAAAUACCAUAAUCCUUUGAUUCCUAGGAAGUUGUUAAAAACCUGCAAGCCAUAGUAAACCGUAGAUAGGAGUAUUGAUAAAUUGGUCAAGAAUUGGAAUUGACCUCCCACAGCCAAUUCUUCCGGCAACGAAAGAUUGCAUGUGUCUAUAAGACCUUUUAGACACGCCACAAAAGAAAAAACGUCAAAAGCCAAACCAAGCACCAUAGCUGGUAAAUUGUUCAAAGGUUGUAGAGGAAAACUGCGAAUUCCCCAGGUUUUCGUAGGGGUAUUAACGUGAUUUUAGAGCCGAUAAUUCAUUUCAUUUUUGGCUUCAGAAUACAGAGAGGUGCGAAUGAGGAUGGAUUUACAAGCGAAUCUGGCUACUUCGAAUUCCUAGGAGCCACAAAUUGCCGUACUAUUCAGUUCAAUGUUAGAUAAGAAGACCGUAUGAUAUACUGGGGUGCAAAAUAACUCGUCAUCUCUGUCCAGUGUUCGUGUUCCUUAAAUACCAGCUGUUUACUCAAUAAACCAAAUAACAGUGAUGAGACCAAAGUCGAUGUCUCUAAAUUAACAGUUAAGUAGUUGCCUAUUUAGUUAACCUGGGUGCUAUUGUUUCGGUACAAACACUACCAAUAAGAUAAGGAGUAAUUCGUCUUCAACGAAUCUGUUU